AUGGCACCCAGCGCUGAAAAACUGCCCUCGCCGGCAUCAUCAGCCCCCCAGGUCUCGACCCUGAAGUCGGUCAUUGCCGAGGUCGAAGCACCCUACAAGUACGACUACCUUCUCCCCGUCUACCCGGACCUCAAGUGGGACCCCCUCGAGGAAGUCCCCUACACAGACGCCGGUAUCGACGCGGACCCCAACUACACAAACCUGUUCAAGGACGCGUCCAAGGUGAUUGAGCUGACCCCCCGGUUCGGAACCGAGAUCCACGGUGUUUCUCUAAAGACGCUGUCCACAGAGCAGAAGAAGGAACUCGCCCGUCUGAUCUCCUUCCGAGGCUGCGUCUUCUUCCGAGACCAGCCCGACUUUGAGAUCGAAGACCAGCUCAACCUCGGCCGGUUCUGGGGCACCCUGCACAAGCACGCCUCCACCUCUGUGCCCCGAGACUGGGAGGCCCGAAACCUCGACGAGGUCCACGUGGUCUACACCGACUACCACAAGAAACCCAACACAGCCUUCCCAGCCACCCACCUGUGGCACGCGGACGUCACCUACGAAAAACAGCCCCCUUCAUACACCUCGCUCAAGGUGCUGGCCAACCCCCCAACCGGAGGAGACACCUUGUGGACCUCCAACUACGCCGUCUACGACUCGCUGUCUGAGCCCAUGCAAAAGUACCUCGAGAGUCUCACUGCCAUCCACUCGGGAGUCGCCCAGGCCGCAGACUCAGCCCGUGUGGGCCAGCCUCUCCGACGAGACCCCAUUGAGACCGAACAUCCUGUCAUUCGAACACAUCCCGUGACCGGCUGGAAGUCCGUCUUCCUUAACCCCGGCUUUGUGACUGCUCUGCGGGGCAUCCCCACCUCCGAGUCCCAGGCCAUCAUGACCUACAUCAACUCUCUGGUGGCUACCCAGCAGGAGGACACUGUCCGAUUCAAGUGGAACUCACAGGAUGUGGCCUUUUGGGACAACCGAACCACUUCGCACAGCGCCUCGUUUGGAUACUAUCCUUACCGACGACAUGGAGUGCGAGUAACGGUGACUGGAGAGGUUCCCGUGUUUGACAAGAACGGUACUUCCCAGCAGGAUCACUUUGAUGCCGAGGUUGGGCUUGUUCGAAACAAGGACGGUUCUGCUGGUGGAAACUACAACGACUAA